AUGGCACGCAGCCUGGACAGCACUGCAUCGGUUGCAGCAGGGGAAGAUAUGGACGAUAGCCGAUUUCGAAUCCGACCAUAUCAACAAAUACUAUCAUCCUGCAGUGGCGCUCUAGUAACGUCGCUGUUCAUGACUCCAUUGGAUGUAGUGAAGACACGACUACAAGCACAACAGAAAGUACUGAUAUCAAAUAAAUGCUACCUUUACUGCAAUGGUUUAAUGGACCAUAUUUGCCCAUGUGGUCCAAACGGUACGUUAGGUCCAUCGGCGAUCAACAAACGUGCUCUACACUUCAAUGGAACAAUUGAUGCUUUUACUAAAAUCAGUCGCUACGAGGGUGUUCCAUCGCUCUGGUCUGGUUUAGGACCAACCCUGAUACUGGCCCUUCCGACCACGGUCAUUUACUUUGUGGCGUACGAACAGUUUCGCAUUCGCUUGAAGGAACUGUACCAAAGAAAGAAAGGCCGGGAUGCUGAACUUCCCAUUUGGCUGCCACUACUGGCUGGAAGCUCAGCACGCGUUCUUGCCGUGACAAUCGUGAAUCCACUCGAGCUGAUCCGCACCAAAAUGCAGUCUGAAAAGCUAAGUUAUCGAGAGGUUGGACAAGCGUUCCGCAGCAUGUUGCGAGUACAGGGCGUGUUUGGGCUGUGGAAAGGUUUCUUUCCCACGAUACUACGAGAUGUCCCAUUCAGUGGCAUCUACUGGACGACGUACGAGUCCAUCAAGAAACACUUCAACGUUAGCCAACCGACGUUUGCGUUCAGCUUUGCUGGUGGUGCUGUUUCCGGUGGGGUGGCCGCUUUUAUCACCGUGCCCUUCGAUGUGGUCAAAACACAUCAACAGAUUGCGUUCGGCGAGCAAUUCUUUUACGCUCAGAACGGUGACAAGGCGGCCAAGAAACCGUUCAAAGCCAUUGGCACGUUCGAGACGAUGGGGCGAAUAUUCCAAAUGAACGGUAUCCGUGGACUGUUUGCAGGGUUAACACCACGGUUGGUAAAGGUAGCACCCGCCUGUGCCAUCAUGAUCGCAUCGUUUGAGUAUGGGAAAAACUUUUUCUAUCGCUACAACGUUCAGCGUUAUCAAGAGAAGAAUGACAAAGCACUUGCUGCUAGUGACAUCGGUACCAGUACCGUGGUUAGUAGUGUGCCAUCCGCCACCCUCGUUACUUCCCCGGCGCAUCGCGGCCGCCAAAUAAACAAGUACUAA